AUGUCGACAAUCUCACGAACAUUGUCCAACCUGCGCAAGGUUGGAAUCAAGGACUACUUUGUCCAGAUGCUGUACAUCGGUGACACCAAGGCUGGUCGUCUGAUUGGCACCGAUCGCGCCGGCAACAAGUUCUUUGAGAACAACGAGGAACUCCCCCUCCGAACACGCUGGGUCGAGUACGCCAAGCACGACUACGACGCCGCUCACAUUGAGCCCGGAUGGCACGCCUGGAUCAGCUACAGCGUCGAUAAGCCUCCUACCGAGGAUCCCCUACUACAAGCUGGUGUCCGAGCCUUUGAGCCUUCACGCGCCCUCCCCAACUUUACCCAGACCCGCGGCGCUUUCAAGACUUACAACACUUCCAAGUCCAAGAUCUCGGCAUGGGAGCCUGUGGCGGCGCCUCGGGCAUGA